GUGCAGCUUCAAAAUGUUUUGAUUUCUACCUCUGUUCGUCCCGACCUUCUGGCUCUUUUGAAUAAAAAUAUAGAGUCGACAGUAGACCGCGAUCCGUGAUCUCCUCCACGCCUUUCCAUGUCAGCCUCUCAGCCCCGCCCCAAGCGGGCAGGUGAAGACUUCACCCGUACACACCACGAGGACGAGGACGGCUCAUCGACCAAGAAGCCUCGCUUUGAUCUACGGAACCCCUCUGCUCUUGCUCCCGAUGCACUAGAAGAGGAUGCAGUCCUAGAUGCCGACGAAAUCGGACGCCGAGGCCAACAAGUCCGCCGCAAAGCCGUCAACUUAGACGGUUACGACUCCGACAGUGAAAAUGAGGGCUUCUCAGCACGCAUUGAGGCCAAGUCAAAAGCAAGCCGAGAGAAACAUGACGCUGAGGACGAUGACAUGUUUGCUGAACUGCAGGAGGACUUUGGUGCCGAGGAGAUCGAUGCCGAUGAAGCCAUGCGCAAAAACAAGAAGAACGUCCGGUUCUUGCGGGACGACGAGAUAGAAGGCCAGGUUGCCUCGUCCAAGAGUGGCGGGACGGUCCACGCAUAUUUUACCAAGGGGGCUGACACAAUCGAGGAUGAGGAGGACGAAAGUGAAAGCGAGGUCGGGGAUGAAGAGCGCGCCAGACCCGACGAGGAGCUGGAUGAGGAACUGGGUGCGGGUGCGAAGAAGAAGCAUGCGCCACUCCUAGACGCUUUCAACAUGCGCAUCGAACAAGAAGAAGGUCGCUUCGAUGAUCAAGGAAACUAUGUCCGAAAGGCAGCAGAUCCCGAUGCGGUCUACGACACGUGGCUGCAGGGGGUCUCUAAGAAGGACAUCCGACGCGCCAAGGAAGCUGCAGAGAAGCGGGAGGAAGAGCGCAAGGAGAAAGAGCGCAAAGACGAUAGUGUACUCACCGCGGAUGUCUUGAGAACUCUAAUCACCCAUAUGGAACGAGGCGAAACGAUCUUAGAGGCUCUGGCAAGAAUAGGCAAGGGCGCUCAAAAGAAGCAAAAAUGGCAGACCAAUCGCAAUAAAAAUCGCAAAAAACAGAGCGACGCUGCACCUGAGGAUGCGGAGAUGACAGAGGACGAUCCAAAGGAAGUGGCCAGAAAGCAGGCUAUUGAUGAGAUCACCGGUGCUGCCGAUAUCCUCAUGACUAGAGGGCAGGCAGAAAUUUAUGACACUGAACGUGAGAUCCUUACAAGGCAGUACCGCCGCGAAACCGGCGAGGACUGGGUUGAUCCUCCGUCUGCAGACUCCAACUCUGUGGAAGAAUCCCCUGCGAUGUGGCAAUUUCGGUGGUCCGAUGCUCGUGACGGUGGAAUCAUACACGGCCCAUACGAUGCUCCUACAAUGGAGUCUUGGAGGAAUGCAGGAUAUUUCGGGGAAGGAGUUGAGUUUCGCCAAACGAAUGACGGCAGUCAGUGGGACAGUACAGCUACCUUUGUUUGAGGCUGGCGUAACCAGUCUAUGCCAUGAGACGAAUAUUGUAUAUGUAAAUUAGCAUCGUCGGAUACCCGGGUUCUUGGGAAUAUUAAUCUCAUCAU